UGGGAAACAGGACUGCAAUUUUUCCACGACCUCAGUUGCCAGGUUCCCAGCAUAUAAACAGUACUGGGAACUACUUUAAGCUGAUGUUGGGUGGUUGAUUUGUCUGUCCUGUUUUUGUUUUAGACAAAUUGGGUCUGUGAUAGAGACCCGACGGAUAGAGACCUUUCAGAUGUUUUGUCCCUUAGGGAAAUGUGGCUCUUCAGAGACCUUUGAUGAAUUGCUGUGCCUAACAAGGCAGGUUGUGUGUUACCUUGUACCACUGCCAGGUUACAUUUAGUUGGUUGGAUCACUGAAGCAGAGAGAGGUGCCCUUUGGCUUCCAGGAUUCCUAAAAAAGCCAGGAAGUCAGAGCCGCUGAAGAAGCCUGAGGUUGGCAGGGAGUGUGCAGGGUAAUCACUGUUGCUGGGCUAGAGGGCUGUUGACUCUGCCUCCCCAAGCCUGGUGGAUACAAGCGUGGUGGGCGUGCUUGGCGAAGUACCUGUUUGCGGAGCCCAGAGACACCGGGGCAGAACUAAAACAGCAGUAAUCUGAAACCAGUCCUGUCGGUUUUCCUUCACUGCUCUCACAGCUGAAAUCUGCAUUCCAGAUGAAACCUGCAGGGAAGCGGAAGAAAGCACUUAAAAAAAAAAUUAAAGGGCAGUAAGUUAGCUGCUUUUGCCUUCCAGGCAUUUUGAGAUCAUCCGUUUCUUUCUGUACUUCAAUUUCUUUGCUUUGGGCUUUGUCUGAGUGACUGUUGGUCUGUCUGUAUGCCCUGCUAGUUUUUCUGGCCUGGGUGACCCAGGCUUCUGACCAGAAGUUAGAUGGCAAAGCAGGGCCUGUAAGAAGUACUUCAGUCAUUUUCUGCUGAUUCACUUUUGAAUUUCUUGGGCUGCUCCGGGGGCGGAGGGCUGUCAGGAUCGGCUUGCGGGCUCAGCACUUCUGGAGCCUCACUUGCUCACCAAUGAGGAAGUUGAGAGCGACCAGGAGAAAGACAGGCACUGGGGCGGAGCCGUGGUAAAGUCCUGGGCCGGGAUGACUGGGACAGGCUGACUCUCCUUACGACAAAAAGCCUUUUGUGCACGGGAAUAAAUGCGGAAGUCCCAGAGGAGCAGCGUCCCCAGUCUGUGUGUAGUAAGGUGCACAGCCUCGCCGCCUCGGGGCACAGAGCUCCACGGACUUUUUCCAGCUGCCCCGGGUGCACCCCCGUCGCGCUGUCCCAGUCCGGAAGGAGAGCGAGAGCGCUGGCUGGCUCUGCGGCCGGGAGGCUGGCUGCCGGCUCCUGUUGCUCCCGUCCUGUAAGUGAAGAGCUGAUGGAGUGGAUAAACUGAGAGCAGGGGAAGUAACACCAGUCGGAACUUCCACUGAGGGCAUUGCUCAGAGCCAUGGAGGGCGGUGAUAACUCUGUCAAUGGCAGUGAUGUCUCGGAACCAGACAGAUCUGAAGCUGGACCUGACAUGGCUCAGUCCAUCCUGAGCAAGUUCUCCGUGAAAUCCCUGUUCGGGUUUACGAGUAAAUUGGAGCCUGUGAAGCCUGACGGAGACGAUGUGGUGCUGAAAGCCUUCCACAGUGUCGUGGCGGAUCCCACCCCUCGUCUGGAUGAUGCCAGCCAUGGUUCGGGUCAGCAGGAGACAGAGGCUCAGGGGCCACCUGACCUCAGACGUGAAGGGAAGCCUGCCAGGGUGGAGACAGAGAUGGAGUCCGAGGGAGGUCAGAGGAAAGCAAAGGCAGGGAUUUCUCUCCCUGGGCAAGAGCUUCUUCCGCUCACAGUUUUGAGCACAGAUGAUGUCCUUUUGGUUCGCGGGACCCUCGUGAACACCACCAGUGAUUCUGACUCGGACGAUGGUGGGCAGGAGCCAGGAGAGGGAAGCAACACCAGUGGCCCCGAGUCCCCUGGUAUUGUUUUAUCUACGCCAUCUGAGAAGCCCAAAGAAAAGCCAGGAGAUUGUAGGGGAAAUGCUGCCACUAGGGAAGGGGAUGACGCACAGCGGGGUGCAGAAGGUCCUCAAGGGACUCCCUCUGAGAAACGUAGCAAACCGGACCCUGGUGAUGGCGGUCCUCAGGUGGAGCACAGCCCCGACCAGGUACAAGCAGGAGAAGAAGGCUCCCAAAUUCUACCUGUGGUAACGGACCAGAGCUUGAGUGCUGGUGUCACCGAAAACACCCCUUCUAAAAAAGAAGUCCCUGGAGAGAAGUCAUUCCAGCUUCCAGCUUUUUUUAGUGGGCUUCGUGUGCUAAAAAAGGGGGCUCCAGCCGAGGGUGGGGAGACCAUCACAGAAAUUAAACCAAAGGAUGGGGACUUGGCUUUGCUCAAAUUGACCCAGCCUGUUCACAAGUCAUUAGUCCAGACAGUGCCACAGACAGUGAAGAAGACCGGGGAGAAAACGAGUGAUCUGAAGGCCACUCCCACUCUCCUGGAGCAGCUCUCCCAGCUACUCAGCAUUGACAUGCCCAGAGCAGAGCUGAGGGCAGAAGACCCUGAGCCGCCCCGGGCAGAAGAGAUGGGCUGCAGCGCUGCCCAGGAGGGCCAGAGCAGCCCCGGAGAAGCCCCAACCCAGGGUGGAGAGGUCAAGACAAAGCCACCAGAAACCGCCCUGGAGGCCUUUAAGGCUCUAUUCAUCCGUCCCCCCAAAAAGGGGACCACAGCUGAUACCUCUGAGCUGGAAGCUCUCAAGCGCAAGAUGAGGCACGAGAAGGAGUCGCUAAGAGCUGUGUUUGAACGGUCCAAGUCAAGGCCAGUGGACGGCCCUUCGGAUUCCAAAAGCCCUGACCACAGCCCCACGGAGCAGGACGACAGGACUCCUGGCAGACUCCAGGCUGUCUGGCCACCUCCAAAGGCAAAGGACACAGAAGAAAAAGUGGGACUAAAGUACACCGAAGCAGAAUACCAGGCUGCUAUUUUACACUUGAAGAGAGAACACAAAGAAGAAAUUGAAAACCUACAGGCUCAGUUUGAACUUCAGGCUUUUCAUAUCCGGGGUGAGCAUGCAGUGAUAACAGCGAGACUCGAAGAAACCAUUGAUAAUCUCAAGCAUGAGCUAGAACAUCGACGGGGAGGAGGAGGUGGAGAGAUGAAAGAUGUGUGUAUCUCCACCGACGAUGACUGCCCUCCAAAGACCUACAGAAACGUGUGCAUCCAGACGGACAGAGAGACUUUCCUCAAACCCUGCGAAGGUGAAGGCAAGACAACCAGAAGCAACCAAAUAAUACCCAAAAAGCUGAAUAUCUCCUCUUUAAGCCAACUUUCUCCCACAAAUGACAACAAAGAUAUCCAUGCUCCACUUCAGUCUGUAGAAGGCAUCUCAUCAAGUCAGGGGAAUGCAUCCCCUCUCCCUCCAGCACCACCCCUACCAGCAGCCAUUCCGCCCCCGCCUCCCCUCCCACCUGGACUUGGACAUUUGCCACCAGCACCUCCGCAACCACCUGUGAGUGCUGGGCCACCACCACCUCCGCCACCUCCUCUGCCUCCAAGUGCUGGACCUCCCCCUCCUCCUCCCCCACCACCACUUCCUAACUCAUUUGCUCUGCCCAACAGUGGGGGGCCUCCUCCUGCUCCAACACCCCCAGGACUUGUGCCCCCACCCCCUCCUGGCCUCUUCUUCGGCGUCAGCCCUUCUUCUAGCCAAUGUCCUCGGAAGCCAGCCAUUGAGCCCAGCUGUCCCAUGAAACCUCUGUACUGGACUAGAAUACAAAUAAGUGAUAAGAGCCAAAGCACUACACCAACCUUGUGGGAUUCUUUAGAAGAACCUGAUAUUCGGGAUACUAGUGAAUUUGAGUAUUUAUUCUCCAAAGACACAACUCAGCAGAAGAAAAAACCUCUUUCAGAGACCUAUGAGAAAAAAAACAAGGUCAAAAAGAUCAUCAAGUUGUUGGAUGGAAAACGAUCUCAAACUGUGGGAAUCUUGAUAUCUAGUUUGCAUUUAGAAAUGAAGGAUAUCCAGCAGGCCAUUUUCAAUGUGGACGACUCCGUGGUUGAUCUUGAGACCCUGGCAGCCUUAUAUGAAAAUAGAGCCCAAGAGGAUGAAUUGGUUAAAAUAAGAAAGUAUUAUGAGACAUCCAAAGAAGAAGAAUUGAAGCUGCUGGAUAAACCUGAGCAAUUUUUACAUGAGUUAGCCCAGAUCCCUAAUUUUGCUGAACGUGCCCAGUGCAUCAUCUUCAGAGCUGUCUUUUCCGAGAGUAUCACCUCCUUGCACCGAAAGGUGGAGAUCAUCACAAGAGCUUCUAAGGGCUUGCUGCACAUGAAGAGUGUAAAGGAUAUUUUAGCUCUCAUUCUGGCUUUUGGGAAUUAUAUGAAUGGAGGAAAUAGGACUCGGGGACAAGCAGAUGGAUACAGUUUAGAAAUUCUGCCCAAACUCAAGGACGUCAAAAGUCGGGAUAAUGGGAUUAAUCUGGUGGACUAUGUCGUGAAAUAUUACCUGCGUUACUAUGAUCAGGAAGCAGGAACAGAAAAGAGUGUCUUCCCCCUGCCUGAACCACAAGAUUUUUUUCUGGCUUCCCAAGUCAAGUUUGAAGACCUCAUAAAAGACCUGAGAAAACUGAAGAAGCAACUAGAAGCAAGUGAGAAACAGAUGGCGGUGGUGUGCAAGGAGUCGCCGAGGCAGUAUCUGCAGCCUUUUAAAGACAAACUACAAGAGUUCUUCCAGAAAGCCAAAAAAGAGCAUAAAAUUGAAGAAAGUCACUUGGAGAAUGCACAGGAAAGCUUUGAAACGACAGUGGGAUAUUUUGGGAUGAAGCCAAAGUCUGGGGAGAAGGAGAUCACUCCCAACUAUGUGUUUAUGGUGUGGUACGAGUUCUGCAGUGACUUUAAGACGAUUUGGAAACGGGAGAGUAAAAACAUAUCUAAGGAAAGAUUGAAAAUGGCUCAGGAAUCAGUCAGCAAGUUGACGUCAGAGAAGAAAGUGGAGACAAAGAAAAUCAAUCCCUCGGCCAGUCUGAAAGAAAGACUGCGUCAGAAGGAAGCCAGCGUGGCCACCAACUGAACGUCGAGGUGAGAACGCCGGGAGCGAGACUGGUCCCCUUGCUCACCCUUUGCAACACCAGCACUGCAGGGGUGCUGUGGGAAGAUAUUUCACUAAACGCUUCUCUGGCCCAUCUCUUUGUACGGGCACCUGCAGUGGGAACCCUGUGUUCUCCAAGAAGUCCCUGGUUAAGCCACAGAAACCAUGAAACGCUGUUUAAGGGAACAUUGCAGGAGUAUUGAUCGUUGUUUCUUAUAGAGGCCCAAAGUCGACUUUGCUGUAAGACCAGAGCAAAUAUCAAGGUUUUCCAAGUUUUUUUUUUAAAGCAGAGAUUUCAAGCUUUCUAACCUACUCUUUAUAUAUGUAAAUUUGUGAGAGAAGAAAAGGAUAUUUUAUGACUGUUGGCUUGAAGGAGUUCAAGCCUUUACAAAUGCUGGUUUGAUUAUUGAUCUUAAUUUUGAUCCCAUUGCAUCAAGAUUUUGAAGUGUCUUUCUGGCCAAAAAUGUUGAAAUUUACCAAAACUGUUUUUAAAGAGCUCCAAGACUAUGUAUUUCCUAGAUGAGAAAAAUGGUUAUUUUGUGGUGGUUGUUGCUCAUAUUAUGGAAAGGAGAGAAAUGGAAUUGUAGAUGGUGGAGAAGGGGUUAAAUAGCCACAGACUCAUCCUGGAGAACAGAUUAGGACACAGGCCGUCACCCAUUAAGCAAGACCCAUUCCUUUGUUUUUGCAUCAGUUAAUUGUGGUUCCCUGGACUGGCAGGGGUUCUCACCCCCAAAUUCUAGAAGAAACUGUGAUCCCUGAGCAGGGAGCUGCGCGACCCAACAGCAGAGCACAUUUCACAUGUCAGAUCAUUCAUGAAACACAGGCCACGCCAUGUUGCCAUGCACCUGAGCUGCGCGUCCUGCUCUGGGACUGUGUGUGGCGGGACCUUUCCCACUCACCCCAGGGGGCUGUUUCUAGGCGAGAUGGCAAAUGUUACUUGCAGCUUUUUAUCAUGACCUUGACUGAAAGGCAUGUGAUGUAGGGUGAAGCAGGGGGCUGAAAAAUUAAGGUCAGAAAAGUUCUUUACAUUCAAAUGCAAAGAAGGUAAUGACAUUCAUCUUAAUCUUGGAGUGGAAUGUCAUGUAAAUGCAGUUUUUUCUGACCCUGGGAGCUGGUAUGACCACUGCCCCUGAGUCACAAGAGAAAUGAAUCCAUCUUGGGAGGGGAGAAAAGAGAGGACUGAGGGUGAGUUGAUAAUAAGAUCAAAGAACAUCAAGUUUGGACCUUGAAGGGACAGGGGUCAGAGCCUCUUCCUCCAGUUGGUGGAUAACAGUCUAGACAUGAGCAACAACCUUAAAACCCGUCCCAAUCCAGCUGCUGUUGCCCCAGGAUCUCCCCAGAAGCUCUCGACUUGCCAGGUGCCAGGACAUGCCUGCCAGUCAUCGGCCUCCUCAGGGACCCAUAAUAGACCCAGCUAAUGAAAGCAGUACCGUGUCCUCAAUAUAAUGCCCACCUCAGGAAGCAAGAAUGCACAGUCAGGAUCAAACCAAGUCUCCAAAGCCAUAUUCAAACAGGUGCUAACCACCUUUUCUAACAAUUCAAAAGAAAGGAAUAUGGUAACAUAGUUGGGUUGCCUUUUUUUCUUUCAAGUCAAAAUAAACGGAUGAGACACACAAAAUAGAAAAGGAAACUGACAUGACUACAAGAAGUUCCUUGUGAGCAACAAGCUUUACAUACUGUUUUCUUGUAUCGUGUCUUCUUCCCUUUCACUUAACUAUGCAGAAAACCUAAAGAAUCCAUCAAGGUCAAACAAAUUCCACUCCCAGCCCUCCUGGGCCCUGUGGCAUGCCCUUGGCAUUACCAUGCAAGAGAAAAGAACCUGUAUUGCCCAAGCCUUGGGUAUCAACUCUGAGUUCAGUGAGACCAGCAGAGGUUGAGAUCCACAUGGGUCCUUACUGAUGCGACGGGAGACAGCUGCCAGUGGCUCUGGGCAGUGUCACUGCCAUCCACUUCAGGUCUAGAAGUAGGAUGCUCAUAAGAAAAUCACUGAAGAUGAGCAGGACUGUCACUUCAGCCACAUAACCCUGCAAGAACAUGCUCUCAGGGAACCAAUGCUGAAGAGGAAUGAGUGGGAACAUUGAGUUUGAGGGUCAGACAAACGCAGCCCAAGGUGGAGGCUUCAUCCUCACAAACAGGCUAGAAAUUGGCAGUAAAGUACUCAUUUCUACAGAACAAAGCUUGCCUGGCUGUGUCGAAGACAGUGAUUUUGUGAUACUAGUCAAACGUAGUAUGUUAGUGCAGUAAGACACCAGGGCAGGGUCCCCAUUAUUUUUACCCUGCUCGAAUCCUGUGUUAUGUGUCUGGCUGCCCCCUCCCUCAGCCACACUCGCUGCACUGUUGACACCACCGUCAUUUCCAGCUUCCGUAGAUAAGAAGUAAAGGUUCACAAAAAUUUGUUCAAGGUAGGCCAUCUAAAACAGCCUUGAGGCCUUUAGAACAUGCCGUCUAACACACAGCUGAGACAGUGUUUAAAUACAACCAGUGUCUCCAAACGUUGCAUGGAGAGGGAGUGGUUGAAGUGCCACUGAGCAUCUUGAGCAGUUCAGGCCAACGGGAUUUAGGUGGCAGUUCUAAGUCUCACUCCCCAGAACAGAAGGGAGAGUGGCCAGCAAUGCUCCUCCGUUUGACCGCUCACACCUGACUUACUAGUCAGACUCAGAAACCUUUACUUAUCGUGAUAUUAUCUCUUCCAAGAUUCAUUCGGGCAUGGGUGGACAGCAGUUCAGAUUCUUGCGUGAGCAAUUGGUAUCAUCGUCAAGCACACAAGUAUAUCAUAUAUUAAACCAGAGCAUAAUAUAAACGUAUUAUGGGGAAAAAUUGGGGCUGUGAGUUAUCAAAAUUCAGGAUAUAAGGAGGUGUGCUGUGUGGCUUUUGACCCAAGAAGAGAAGCUUACCAAGGGGAGAAAAAAGGCACAAGUGUGGUCAAGCAGAAACUGAUGAUGGUGAAUCACCGGCCGUCACAGGUGUUGGCCUUGCUGCCCAACAGCUGCCUUUUGACCUUCUUGAGCUGACGCCCAUGAUGCCCUUUCCAGUGCUCACUGCAACUGCCUAGGACUUAAGGAAGAAGUUCUGAAAUCCAAGAAGUGGGAUAAGGAAAACUAGUGGUGCUGUUACACCUGAAAUGUUGUGGCUUAAACAAACUAGUAAGAUGGUCACGGAACUGAACUCAGAUUGGAUGCUGUCUCCGCCCUACUGCCCCCUGAGUAAGGACAGUGGAAACUACACACCUGCUGAGCCUCCCUUAGCACCCUCUUUGUCCGUAAGUACCACAAGGAAAGGCGUUUCCUAAAUGAAAGCUGCUGGUGGAGCAACUGCAAAAGCUGAAAGAAGGAGUAAAAUUCUUUGGUGGCAUUGGAGACAUCCACAAAGACAGCUGUCAGUACGGCUCUUCCAUGGACCAGGACUGGACGUAGCACAAGAGGUAUAAGUAUUUUCACACUUUUCUCCAUAGAUUACACUGCCUGUAAUGGAGAGUUUUUACUUUAAUCAUUCUUGCUUUCUUGAAUGUUAGGUCUCCUCAUUUCUGUUUCUCCUUCUCCCUUGCCCGGUGCCAUGGAUGCAGAUCAGUACUGGCAGCCACCCAGCAAACAGUGGUCCAUCCGCUGGUCUGCAGGCCACCAGUCAGUGUGUGAAGGGGAAUUAGCAGUGCAGACCGCGGUGUGCACUUCAGUCACCAGACUUUAACCCUUCACUCCCUGAUAUUCCCCAAAUUGGUCGAUUUUGUCAUAUCUCCCUUCCCCAAAACAAAGAUAAAACCAAUUUGCGGAUUCCUGUGUCAAAGAGAAGAAAGAAAUCCAAAAAAAUACAGCUUUUUAUCCCCAAGUAUCUAAUCCAAAUAUCAAAUAUACAAUUUUAUAAAAUAGUUUAAAUUUUCUUUAGGAAUUGUUUGGAAAAACUAUGUGAUAGAUAUGACCUUCAUUUUUCUUUGAUUCUGCCUGUUCUGAUCAGAAAAAAAAAUGAAAAGAAAGAAAGAGAAAGGGAAAAAAAAGGCCAAGAGCUGGAAGGGAAAAUAAAAAAACACUAGCAGAUUUGCUAAUCUACAAAUUAAUGCAUCAGUUCCUGAAUCACACAAUAAAAAUGGACAUACUAUGAAAUCCAGUGAGCUCAUUUUUUAAAAAGCCACGUACAAGAAGUGGCACAUUAUAGUAGGAAAAGUUUAGACUGUUAAAAUUUUCUUUUUCUGGGUUUCCUGAAGAGCAGUUUAUAAAUGUGUGGAACAUGCAGAAGACCAGGACUAUCACAUUUCACAUAUUAGGUAGUGUUCCGUUACGAACAAUACCACUGAAGAAAGGGUUGAACAAAGACAUGAGCUUUUUGAUUCAUGGCAGCUACUUUGUCAUCAUAAAGAAAUCUUCAACAUAAGAGAAGCCUGUCUAUGCGGCGAGGCUAAUAGGAUCUAGUAUUCGAAAAGUAGGAAUCAUUUUUAGCAGCUUUAAAUGUAAGUAACUUGCUGGAUAUAUUUCCACUUUCCAUCUCUAGAGAGAAACAACCCCGCUGGUUGGCACCUUCUCUGUCACUGGGGGAGAAGUCACUUAAAGAAAAGCACCUUCAAAACCAGGCUUCAGCAUCUCUGGCUCCUUGAGACUCAAAUGCCAGUAUUACCACUCCAUUAGCAGUUGAACCCAGGCAUGACUAGUCUCCAUGACACAGCUGUACGUGACUGAAGCUUAUUUUUUCAUUUCUGCAUGUCCACCAGUUGCUGACACCUUGUUAGCAGCACUGAGUGUUAGCUUCACGAUCUUCAUUUCCCUCCCAAGGAGUAAGCAGUCCCUCCCGAUCAAUGCUUUGCCGGGCUGUAGUGAAUUCAAAGAGUCUUAACAUAUCCAACUUGAAGCCAGUUCAGUAGUCUUAUUUGUUUCAAAACCUUAAUCAAGACUGUGAUAUAAACUUAGUGUUUAGGAAAUUUGUGUGGCAGACAAUUCACUUGGACAAGUAAGGAGGUAAUAAAACAGCAGCUAGCCCACUCUGUCUCUUAAGCCCCCCUGCAACUUCUGCCAACAAAGAAGAUUAGGGAAGCAAACCCAGCCUCAUUCAGUAGGUGGGCUGUCCUCAAAUGGAGCUUACCGGAUUCCCUGCCCCUCCACCCACCCCUCUGCCGAACUCCCUGGUAACAGUAACAUGGCCUUUUCCUUCUCCCUCCCCCCCUUCUCUGGUAUGAUGAUUCACUUCGAACAAUAGCUCAAGUGAACUCACCUUUAUUGCAUAUUACAUCUAUGAAGUACUUGUUUGUGAAUUAUUUUGCUCCAUUCUGUGGUCUGAAGCAGACUGAUUUACCUCAAUUUUUAUAUGAAAGGGGUAUCUAAGGUCAUUAAUUUAUUCUUCAUUCUUCUACAUUCCAUCCAGGUUUAUAUGAUUUUCUAUUUUUUUUAAUAAAUCUUCCCUGAAUACUAAGACUCUCUAGUCUGCCUCUUUUUCUAAGAGCUGAUCCAGAUACUUCUGUGAACUAUUUUUUUUAAUGUUUUAUGUGAAUUUCCAUAGCAUGGGGCUAGCAAAUGCAAAUGAACCAAAAGUUUCCAGUAGAAAUUCCCCUCCAAAGACUUUGGCAUUUUUCUCCAUGGAGUAAACAACCUUCUGCCAGACCUAGUCUGUUCUGUAGGCUGAACAUUUCCUGAAAUUCUACCUGUGCAGAAACCAAGAGCUCCCUGUCUUUGAAACUAUAAAAUGUCUAAGAAGAGAAUGAAUAUUUCUCCCCAUAUAUAUUAUACUUAGCACAUCAGGUAAGAAAUCAAAUGUUUUCAAGUGUGCAUCAUAGUAGUUUGUCAACAUCUCUAGCAAAGUUGUACCUACUUUCUUAUAUUGUUCUCUUUGAGAGCUUACUUAAUUCCUGUCUCAUGGAACAACUGUAUUUUUGUUUAUUCAUUCAGUCAGCGUUCCAGAACGCCAGGCUAGUCCCAUCUAGUACUGAGCAUAUGGGGAGGUUACUCUCUACCUCCCUACAACAUGGAUGAUAGAUAUGUUCAGGAAUGAACAUCUCUCUGAGAACUCUUGGGAUGAACUUCGAGUUCCAGGUUUCUUUCUGUGAAAUAUAUGAAAUGGGCCUAUAGUAUACAAAAAUUAUAUUACCCUUUCUAAUAAGAGGCCAAAAGGAGACUCGAAAAUCUUUAUAUGUUAGAUAGGCUAAAGGAAACUCUAAAGAGCUAUUUUUUCCUUUCUUCUUGGCAAUUUGUCUCUAGCUAUAAUCUUGUUUCUUUGCUUCUGACCACCAAGACGUAAAGAAGGUGGUCUCAGCCCACCGACCUUCCAUUCUGCAUAAUCCUCCAAAAACACCCAUUUUUUUGGAAACAAGGCCAGGAGUGAGGGGAAGUCUAGCAGCAAUUCUGCCUACCCAGGGUGACACACACAGCAUCCUGAGGUCUGCCAGAGGAGCAGGUCUAUUCCAAGUCAUUAAUUUUAUGGUUCUGCAAUUCUUCAAUUUCUCUAAACACAAAUAAUAUCACUCUACUGUUAGUAGAAUGUAUAAUCUUCAAAGAACGUAAGCAUUUAUAAGAAGGACUUCUUCUUUAAAAAACAAUCUGAGAGACUCCUAAAAUGGCAGAAACUUUUAAAAUUAGAAAUUGAAUAACUUUUAAGACUUUCUAGACGGCACAUGUCAUUGACUCACUGUAGUCUUUCCCUUCAUUGAGUUUUAAUUUAGAUUACUGUGGGAAGCAGCGCACUUGCCUGGGGUUUGAUUUAAGGAAUCGUGCUUUGGCCUGGAAAAUCAGGGCUGGCCCGCAUGCCUAGAACCUAAGUGAAAUCAGUUAGCGUCUUAAUAGGAAUCAAGCCUAACCAAUGUAAAUCAUCUCAAGUCCUUUGAGGUCUCAUUUUUUUAGUGACACCCUGGACCUUGGACACUGCUUCCCUAAAAUGCAUUGGAUCCCUGCAGGUAUGUGUCUUAAUUGUGCCUUGUGAGAUCGCAAGCCAGGAAAUGAGGGAGAACAGGUGACAGAGAAGAAGAAAAAUCUGAACAAGGCCAAGGUGCACUGUUUGGCUGAUACAUUGCCUUGUUAGGGAGCUGGUGAUUUUUGGCAUCGAUGUAUCAUGGACAGCCUCUCUGUGGAAACACAAGCAAUCUGUCUUAGGCAAAUGGGAGUGCCCGGCAUCUCAUAUCGGUCAGUGCCUGAUGACGUGCUGGAAAAGCAGGUACCCUAAUGAAACUGGUGCACUUGCUGAAAUAGUGCCAUUCAAUUUCAGAUUCAUUUCCAUGGGGCUGGUGGUCCAGGGACCUUCCUCUCUUCUCUGUGCUUGCCCAAGAGUCAUUUUGGCAUCUCGCUUCAUUCGUUUCCUCCUUUCAAUGCAUCUACUUUGGCCUCCCUUCUCUCACAACCCACCCCUAUUUUUUCUUACUGUCCCGUUUCUCCAGGACCCAGCUCCCUUUACCCCCCUGCCUCACAGACAGCGGAGUGUCUCCCUGAGCCCGCACUCCCUCCUCUCACACCCUGUGCUCCAUUUCCCAGGCCUCUGGACAGGGCGCUCUGCUGUCGCCGAGUGAGACUCACCACCGUGACGGCCUCUUGUUAAUGUCAGCAUCACCUCAUCACUUAGGCAAAGAGGGGAAAAUCCAUAAAAGAGAUGGAAAAUACAUUUCUCUCUCACUUUAUUCUACUUUAUUUUAGGAAGGUUGAGGAGAGGGUUAUUCUCGUCCUUCUCAAUUUCUCAUGGGUUUUAUUUUAAAACUGUCUACCUGGCACCAUUCUUUUGAUAAACUAUAAAUCAGUCCAGGUCACCAGCUAUGGUGCAUAGGACUAAAUUUUUGAAGCUCAAAUAAUUUUUCUGUGCCACAGGACACAUUGACUUAAAUUCUGGGUGAACGUUUUGACUCAUAGGCUUGUUAUUGCCACUCCAUUCUAACAACGACUCCAGAGUCAAACAUCUACAUGAAUCUGGAUUAAGUUGUUGACAAUUCGUGGUUGUUUUCAAAUCAACAGUCACUAUGAGAUUCUCGAAAGGGGGUAAAGAGAAAGUAUAAGCAUGUCCCAAAUAGUCAAACAUAGGACCUGGAAAAGCAUUGGCCUUUCUGUUUCAUUAAUUAUGUUAAACCAAUAUAUAGAGGUCAUCCCAAAGGGCUUUCAGCAACAAUGAAGGCAGUUUGAGAAGGGAGAAGGCACUUUAAAGACAUGAAACCUUACAUUCGAUGGUCUUGGAUAUUUUUAAUAUAAUAAGCUAAUUGGAUUCAGGUAUUUUUUCCUUUUAAAAUUUAAAAAAUAUGUAUCUCUAAUUUACAUAUUUAAUUUUUGUCAGUGCUGAAAAUGCUCAUUAGUUGAAUUUGUAAAUGUCAUUUGCAACCAAAUGAAGUAUUUAUUUUUAAAAAGAAAAGGUGAAGGAACCAAUAUUGACUGUACAUAAUGCAAAUAUGUGUGUGCAUGUAUAUAUAUAUUUUUUUCCUCCGUGACACUACUUGGUUACCACAUCAAGUAUAUUUUUGUACAUAGUAUAUAUUGCUUAGAAAAUGUAGAUUGUCUACUCAAAGAAUUCUAUCUCUGUGAUAAAUUAUAUUUAUUCUAAUCUAUUGAUACCUCUGUUAGUUUGUCUUAAGAGAUAGAACUCUAUUUUUUUGGAAUUUGCAGAGAACUGCAUUCAUGGCUUCCAAUUGUAAAUAUGCUAAGGGUAUUUUAAUAAA